AUGGCUCAUUUCAUUCCAUGCAAGAAAACAAUGGAUGCUUCCUAUAUAGCUUAUAUUUAUUUCAAAGUGGUGGUUAAGCAUCAUGGUGUUCCAAAGUCUAUUGUUUCGGACAGGGAUACAAAAUUUCUCAACCAUUUUUGGACGCAUCUGUGGAAGAGAAUUGGUACUAAUUUGCUUUAUAGUAGUGCCUACCACCCUCAAACGGAUGGGCAAACUGAGGUUGUGAAUAGAACAUUGGGCAAUUUACUCAGGAGUUUGUCAGCAAAGAAGCCAAAACAAUGGGAUUCACUACUUGCUCAAGCAGAAUUUGCCUACAACUCGAGUGUAAAUCGUUCUACAGGAAAGACUCCAUUUGAGGUUGUCUAUGGGAAAACUCCAAGCCACUAUCUUGAUCUUGUUCCCAUUUCUAAUCCUACAGUAACCAGCAAGAAAGCAGAAGAUUUUUCUGUUUCAAUAGCAAGAGUUCAUGAGGAUGUGAAGAAGAAACUCGAGGAAAGCAAUGAGAAGUACAGAGAAGCUGCCAAUGCUCAUUGGCGUGUAAAGCAAUGCUUACAAAAUCGAGCUACCUUCGACUAUUGUACCCAUCCUACUUUUAAUGUGCAAGACAUGUCUGAAUAUCUUGGCGAAUUCGAUUCAAACUCGAGGGCGAGUUUCUUCUCACGAGGGGAGUAUGAUGCAGUGCAUUAA